UUGGCUGGAGGCUAACAGAGGAGACUGGGCGGCCAUCUUGGAUUCCCAGACCCAGACUGGUGCAGCCAAGGGCCCAGGAGACAAUGUCACUGAGCAGGACAGGACCAGAGGCCACAUAGUGGAGUCUGCAGUCCAUGAGGACCUGCUGAUAUCCGGGGUUGCUGACUGGACCUCUGAAGCGGCUGGUCACAAACCCUGGCCCCGGAUCAGAACCCUGGAUCAAGAGUCGUCGCUCUUCCUUCCCGAGUCGGAACAAGGACCGAACCACGAGGGACAGAGACUCCACCACAACCACCACACAGAACACAACCAGUGGACAGGUGGACUGAACAACCUCAGUCCUACUGGUCAUCAGAGAGACAGAGGCUCCAGUCAAGGAUCCAGUCUGCAGCCCAGACCCUUCUCUUCACAGUCUCAGUGCAGAGAUGAAGCAGGGCCUGGGGCUGAUAGCGAUAGACCCUCCUGUUCCUAUGAUACAAACACCACAGUAUCCAUGAUGAACAGAGCAAGUCACCCUGGGCUUCAGCCUUCACAGAGAGUGGUGGGAGACCCCCUUGGUGGUAGUCUAUCAGGAAGUCUGUCUUCUCCUUCAGGGUCUUGUUUAAUGCCUGGUGAAUGGGUUCAUAGAAAGCCUGGACCUAUGUCUAGCCUUCCUCAGUUACCUCAUGGUUGCCCCACCAAUACAGACAGGUUCAAGAUGGGCGUUCGCCACGAGAAGUACCUAGCCUAUAACACAGCACACAAUCCAAACAACACCCAAACAAUGGCUAGAGGUCAAGGAGGGAGCGCAAAGACUAACCACCUGAGGGUGGUGGCUCCUGCUUCUACUUCCUCUAGUGUCAUUGGGUCACAACGUGGGAGGCCGAGCAUUAGGUCGGAAGCCGACAAGCCGUACGCCUGCCCCACCUGUGGAAAGCGCUUCGCUGAGGCAAACUAUGUGAAGAGGCACCAAACCGUUCACACCAAUGAGAGGCCCUUCAAGUGCAAGCUGUGUUACAAGAGCUUCUCCUUCCUGACUAACCUUAUCAGACAUAGGAGUGUCCACAAUGGGAAGAAAUCGUAGCAGUGUGGCUUGAGAUAUACACAGGUGAUAUCUGGGAUCCAUUCUUUAGCUGACAUACUGUAUUAUAGUUAUCAUGUUAAGUGGCUUGGAGUAAGAUAUUGUUAUUUCAUUACAAAGACCCUCAGUUGAGCAUCUGGGUAUGCUCACAUUCUCAGAUGAUACAGACUUGUUGUUUCGUGUGCUGGCAUAGCCAAAACACUGUCAUUUUAUUGAAGUGUAACUAUAUUUCCCUUCUGAGUUUGGUUUUGCCUAUGUUCUAUACCCUCUAUUUUUAUAACAUAUUUAUAACAACCCCUAACAUUAUUGGGCAUAAUCAGGUGGUACCUGUUCCUUUAUGUGCUAAAACAAUGUGAUCAAAUCUGUUAAUAAAUUAGGAACCAAGUUGUCCUUUUGAUACACUAUAUGACCAAAAGUAUGUGGACACCUGCUCGUUCGAAUGUCUCAU